GAACUUGCCGAAGUCCACAUUUGUCGUCUCGCCUUCUUCACUCACUCGUACAUCUCCGUGACCCACCAACCAGCAACCAUCCAUAAAACUAUUGCUUACUUCUACUGCUACUCACUAUUCCACCAUUAAAAGACGCUAACUUUCUUAACCGUUGAUUGGUUUCCGUGACGUCCGGUGCCGGUGAAUGCAGAUCCCAACUACACACGCCUAAAAUAUUUGCUUUUGUUGGUUUCCAUGGCCAUGGAAACCAACAACGCGGCCACCAUCACCGCCAAUAAAUUGCUAAAGAAGCGAAAAUGGUUUCUUUUGUUAAUAUCUUCACUUUUAUUCACUACCCUUUUGAUUUUAAUUACUAUAACAUCCUCAUCCACUUCUACCCAGUUGCUUUUUCGCCGUCAAAAUGCCAACAGAAACCAUUUCCGCCCUCAGUUUCCUAAUUUUGUGGAAUCCAAGUUGCCUAAAGCGAUGAUUUCUGACCGUACUAUACCCCGCCUUGCUUAUUUAAUUUCUGGGUCUGCUGGAGAUGGAGUGAGCUUAAAAAGGACGCUAAAAGCACUGUACCAUCCGAGAAAUCAGUACGCUGUGCAUUUGGACUUGGAGGCGACGGCGGAGGAAAGGUUGGAGCUUUUUAGGUGGGUUACAAGGGAAAAGCUUUUUAAGAAGGUGGGGAAUGUAAGGUUAGUUUUGAGGUCUAAUUUGGUGACUUAUAGAGGUCCUACUAUGGUUAGCAAUACCCUUCAUGCUGCAGCUAUUUUGCUAAAAGAUGGUGGAGAGUGGGAUUGGUUCAUCAAUUUGAGUGCUUCAGAUUAUCCAUUGGUGACUCAAGACGAUCUGCUUCAUACUUUGUCUACCAUUCCAAGAAACCUUAAUUUUAUUGAGCACACCAGUGAUAUUGGUUGGAAGGAGUAUCAGAGAGCCAAGCCUGUCAUAAUUGAUCCCGGGCUGUAUAGCUUGCAAAAGUCAGAUGUUUAUUGGGUGUCAGAGAAAAGGAGUGUGCCAACGGCCUAUAAGUUGUUUACAGGUUCUGCUUGGAUGAUGCUCUCUCGGCCUUUUAUGGAAUAUUGCUUAUGGGGUUGGGAUAACCUUCCGAGGAUAGUCCUCAUGUAUUAUUCGAACUUCCUUUCUUCUCCAGAGGGAUAUUUCCACACAGUAAUCUGCAAUGCGGAGGAGUUCAAGAACACUACAGUUAACCAUGAUCUGCACUUCAUAUCAUGGGAUAAUCCUCCAAAGCAACACCCGCAUUUUCUCACUGUUGAGGACUACCAAAGGAUGGUUGACAGCAAUGCCCCUUUUGCGAGGAAAUUUGGCAAGGACGAUCGAGUUCUUGACAAGAUUGAUUCUGAGAUUUUGGGCUGCAGUGCUGAUGGAUUCGUGCAAGGUGGGUGGUUCAAUAAUGAAGGAAAUGCAAAUGGGACCAUUCUAAGCCUAGAAAAUGUCAAAACAAACACUACUGAACUUAAACCUGGUCCUGGUGCUCAAAGGCUAAAGCGUCUGAUCACCAGUCUUUUGUCAGCAGAAGAUUUUCGUUCAACACAUUGCAUCUGAUACAGUAAUAUUCUGAUGUUUGGAGAAAUAAUGAUGCAGAAAGGCACCAUUUUAUUUUUUGCCAUUGAUGAAUCCUCUGUUGUAUUUAUGACAGAAGAUUGCUAAUUGGAAAAAUAACAAGGCUAUAGGAACAAAGGGGGAAGGAAACUACCCAUGUCUAGAAUUAAUAUAUGGUAUAUACAAACACUUUUAUAGCUCAUUAGCUGAAUAGGUGAUAUGUAACUCAGUGUUUCGUUUGUUUUACCUUAUAUGGUAAUGUAACGCAAUCAUACUUGGUCAAUUUGAUGCAUUGUAAUGUUUAUCUUUU